CCCAUCACAGACAGGGUAAUGAUUCCGCCUCCAGACAGGAUUGCUGACGUGGCGGGAAGAGGUGACCAAUCAAUGCUCAAAGAAUCAUUGUCUCUUUCUCUCCAAUGGGCCCAAAGCCCCACAGCACUACAGAGAGCAAUGAGCCCAUCAAAAGAAGUGAAGGGCCGUCUGACACAUGUCCCCUUUGUGACCGGCACUGCGGUCCUUAUUUGGCCAGCUCCGUGCUCCCCGCCGUUCCUCAAAAUAACCGCCGUCUGUGAUCAUUUGCCGCCGGACGUCUAGAUCGCCUGCCACGUGUCCCGCAUUCUAUUCGUUAAGGUUCGGUCACCAUCUAGCUAGAUAGCCACAGUCACGAACAAGAUUGGUUAGGGGGAAUGUGUGUUGAUCGCUUUUCUCCACUUCUCUUCGUUUUCCCAUUCCAGUCUGAAUUAUCAUAACUUGGUUAGGAUCAUGCGAUUUUCAAUGGUUAAAGGCAGUGUUAAGUUCGUAGUCGAAAUUGAAUCACUAUAUCCCUCUUAAUCCGCUUUAUAUUUUACUUACUUAGAAUAUAUCAUGUUAGGCCACGUGAACUGAACUUACAAUCUAUAGGUGCAACAAGACCUUUGCCGAUGUGUCAAACCUACGUUGUCAUUGUGCAUGUCAGGAUUCUCGAGAAAAUAUUUCCUAGCUAUUCACCGAAUAGGAAAUUGAAAUUUUUUGCUAUUAUGUAUAGCUUCUCUUCAAUUCUUUUCAAAAAAAUCAGACUUGUGUAAACAUUAUACCAGACUUUAACUAUUUGAUUCAGAACAGUACUUCAAAAUUUUUUGGAUCGAACAUAUAGUCCAUCGGUCACAACAACAUAAAAACAAACCAAAAACAAAGAAUGUAUGUUGAGUGAAAGGAGAUUUUUUCUUGGGUGAUAGUCAUAGGCAUGGUUGUCAUGCCGGUGGCAUGCCACCCGGUUGAACCUGGUUCAACCUGUACUGGUCAUGAAACUGGCAUGACACCACCGGUAUGACCGGUAUGAUCGACUUACGCAUUCUAAGUAAAAUGACAUCAUUUUAAUGAAUUUAAUGAAUAAAAAUAAUAAUUUAUUAUUCAUUUUAUGAAUGUAAUAGUUAAAAGUUGAUGAUAUUUGUUGGAUUGUAACUAAAUUGUCCACAUAUAUAUUUUAUAUAUAAUUAAAUACAUUGGAUAUUAAUUGUUUUCACAUUUUUUUAGACCAAUAUGAACCGGCACAAACUGGUUAUACCACCGGUCGUACCAUUCCACUUGCCAAACCGGCGCAACGGUAUAAACCGGUUUGACAACCUUGGUCAUAGGAUUCCCUUUUGCAAUAAUUUGGAGAAGGAUUUACAUGUAUACGUCCAAGGAAAGAUACCAAAUUAAUAGCAUUAGAAAAGAAACCCCAUUAAUUACUUACUUACGUCGUAGUAGUAAUGAUAAAUGAUCUUCAAUUAAUAUUGUCUAUGCUUUCUCGUCGAAGGCACAUCUGAUCGAUCUGCAAAUUAAAGCUCUGAUAAUUAUCCAGCCGCAUGAUUGCCACUCAUCACCAUAGUGGUACCUAGCUAGCCUAUUGAGUUGAGGCAUGUCUUUCUUUCUUUCUGUGCAUAAGUCAAUGCGCUCCCUUUUUGUACUGUUAUUACGGUGAUGCUACGGAUCGGGAAAUCGCCCGGAAUCGAGAAAACAAGAAUACGAAAGCGAGAAUCGAAAACAGACACACGAUUUACGUGGUUUAUUAACACGAUGUGUGUUAAUUAGCUAGUCCACGGGCAAGAGAGAGAGAGUCAGUUUCACUAUAUCGAGGAGAUUACAGAUUACAGAGAAGAUGAGAAGUAUUUAUAUACUUCUCCAUGUGGGUCCAAACCUAAUCUAAUCUGGUAAAGGAAACGGUUACAGUAGACCAGUCCCAAAACCAUACCAGAUUCCAAUUUGAUAAUGCGCGGCUGAUGUAGUCCGAUUCAAAUAACAUCAACAUCGUACUACGCUAGUUGUCUAUCUCGUUAAUCGUAAUAUUGUAUUGGGUUAAAGCACCUUUUAAUUUGCUGCUAAGUCAAAAUUUUCAAUGAAUACUGUAGAGCAAAAAGGAAAGGUGGAGACUGGAGAGGGCUGGAAUAUAUAUAUAAUUAAUGCAUGGCAUGGGAUUAGAUACAUGGCUUUACAGAAAGGCCAAACUGGAAGGAAAAAAAAGCCUCUUCAUCAUUAGCUUCCAUCUUAUAAUUAACCUUAAUCAAAACUGUAUAACCACAAUAAUCGGCCACUCAAUCAUAUCUCUGAAACAAAAAGGAAAAUUAAUGAACAACAUUCCGAUGAACGUAUGAGAAAACAUAUUGAUCGGUUUAUUUGCCCGUCAAGGCAGGCUUUGUUCUCCUUUGUUUGGGGGUUAAAUUAUAUUAAUUACCAAAAAGGUGAAGAGAUAAAGUUGACAAACUAAAUCUUACACUUAGAUUUUACUGCUUCCCACUAAUUGGCAAACCAAAAUGGAUCGUUACGUUUAACUUAUCGGACUAGAGGAAGGAGGGAGCCAGAAAACUAGGGUUUCUGCAUAUUGUGCGAUGGAUCCUUUUCCUUGGUAGAGGUGUUUAAACGGUUUGGAUACCAUGUUAAUCGUUUUAACCAGUACUAUUUGGAUAAUUUGGUUUGGUUAAUUUGGAUAAUUGGUUUGGUUUGGUUAAAGUUUUUACUUCAGAAAUUUUUGCAAAAUUGGGUUGCACAAAACUGAGCACAACUCGCGCAAGGCGCAAAAGUUCAAGGAAGACAGCAUGAGUUUCGUCUAGUCUUGCGAGUUGCGACAUGACUAUGCCAUUCUGAAAUCCCCUAUCGUCGAUAGAUCGAAAUGGAAUUUAUGAUAGCACUGUGUAGUAUCUAAGCUAAGAUUAUGGAGUGUUGACCUAGAUGAUUUAACAUAAGUACUACUUGUGCUAUUUUCUCUCUCUCACUCUCUCUAGCUUGCUAGCUCUCCCUUUUUUGCUGUGCCCUUUUGCUAUUUUCUUUUCAGAAUGGUACUCGAUGAAUUGAUCGAUCGUUCUGUUUGAUAAGGAAGGAAUUCAGAAAACAGUAGCCACCCCCACUAGCUAGAACAAAGAGAGUUGGUGGGACACCCCAAAUCCAUCGGGCCCUUUGUUUUUAGAUUUCAUUCAACCCUUCUAUCUCUUCUCACAUUGCAGAAAUAGUACACUUUGAUGCUCAUUUAUUGGACAACAUUAUCAUAUUUGUGUUAUGCAAAUCAAAACCUGUUUUUGGGGUUUGUUUCCUAAUAAUCAUGCUUAGCUUUUACCACCCUUGAAGUGCCAUCUGCAACUAGCCAAAGGUUAAAUGGGUUCCAGUACGUCAGGUGAAACGUUGAAAUAUUGCCAUGCCUUUAGAGGACCUAAUUUAAUUAGCAAAUGGUGUCUGCAUCAGAAGAUGGACCAGUGGAAGCUAAUUCAACUUAGUGGUCGAGUAGGGUAAAACUCGAACUCGAUGGAUUAUUAAAGGGUAUGGAUAAAAAAAUAUGAACCCGAAUAUUGCGAUUGAUUGAUAGACAUGAUUUUCUCGCUAUCCAAUCUGAACUCGUCAGAUUAUCUACAUGCAUAUGUAUUUUGAUGUUUUUAUAUUUAUUAUGGCAAAGAGAAAUUAUCAUCCAUGAUAACCGUGGAUGCCCAGUCCGAGUAAGGAUACUAUUUUGAUGUUUUUAUCCGAUUCUAUAUGAGUAUAGGUAUUGGUAGAACCCGAUCUAUUUAGAAUAAUAACAUGUCCACUGUCCGACCCGACCCGUUGUCAUCCUACUCUCUGGGGCAGAAAACAUAAAGGGUUUUGGAUGGAAUGGAAAAGAUAAGGUGAUCAAUGGUGGAAGAAGGCGAUAUAGUGUAUGCACAUUUACAAGAAAAAAAGAUCAUGUUGGCAGCUAGCUAGGGUUUUAAUAAGUCAAUAUUCUCACACUGAUCACUCAAUAAGCUAUUACAAAGGACAAAGGAAAGAAAUUACAAGUUGUACAUAACAUGGGGAGGGACCCAUAAUAUAUCUAAUGUCACACUUACUGGGAUGCACAGAAAUAUGGCAAAACCAACAACAUGCAUGACCUUCCUUCCUCCAACAUUAUUCCAUCUAACCAUCUUCUCCCCCUCUAGCCUUCACUGCAACAUCAUGAAGAAUGAUUCAAUGUCCCCCUCAACUUUUAUAGGCCUUGGGACCUUUAAUUUGUGGGUACAUGCCCUACUCCAUAGUCCUUUCCCUCCCUACCCACCAUACACGGUUAGAAAUAGAACGGAAAAAUUAGG